UACUCCUCUCCAUACAUCUCCACCAAUAGGAUGAUAGCACAGACAUCCAUCACUCCCUUCGUCGCUGCCUCACCCGUCUCCACGUACCAGGUCCAGAAUACAUCCUGGAUGCCUCAUCAACAGUAUGUUAUGCAACCUACCGGUGCUGUGAUAACCCCAGCUAUGGACCUCUCCAUGCCCAUUCAGCCCUCCAGUAUGAUGGGUCCUAUAACACAGCAGAUAAACCACAUGUCCUUGGGAAACACAGGAACCCAGUACAUGUGUGCAGCAGCUGCUCCAAUGCAAGGAGCCUACAUUCCUCAGUACCGUGCAGUGCCUGCCUCCGCCCUCACAGUGGACGCAGUGGUGACAGAGGACUCGCCCCAGACUGUACCCCCCUCCUCACAGGACCCUAAUGGACAGCCACCCCUGGACAGCGACUCAGCUGCCUACUCCUACCAACAGACUAAAUAACAGGAGGAUGCCGAGCGAUGUGUUUCCGGUAACUGCAUUGCCUUGAGACAGCGGCUGCAUUGAAGCACUGAAGGGAUGGAGGGAGGAAAAAUACUGGAGGAAAAAUACUGGAUGACAAAAAGGAGGACAAAGAGAGAUUGUUUUAUCUUUGCACAGGCAUCAAAAAAAGACUUUGUUUUAUCUGUCCAGAGAGAGAGAGAGAGAGAGAGGGGGGGAGAGAGAGAGAGAGAGAGAGAGAGAGAGAGAGAGAGAGAGAGAGAGAGAGAGAGAUGAGAGAGAGACAGAGAGA